AGAUAAUAAGAUAUUCUGCUUAUAAAUGGGAGCUACUUGUUGCAGUGAUUCUUCAUAUUAUGAUAAGCCUGAUAGAUAUGGAGUGUACAAAAAGCCUAACGAAAUGGUGCUAGAGAAUGAUUACAACCAAAAAGUUGUUGAUACAGAGCAAAGGAAGUGGAACACUAGUUAUUAUGAAGAGCUUAAUCACAGAACGAGAGGAGGCAUCCACUCUAGUAAAAAAGAAGAUAAAGAGACUGUAACUAUUUAUCAGUUUUAACAGUUCCAUCUAAUUGUAUUUUGUCAAUUAAGUUU